AUGCCAGACCCGGAUGGAAACGAUGUCACCUGUACACUCCAGAUCCACACAACUCUUAUCAACAACGAUUUAAACUCCAAAUUUUUUGACAACUCUGUUUUAAGGCAAACAAGUUUGACGGGCGCCGAAGAAUUCUUGGAGUCCUUGAAUAUAGCGGAGCUCAGAAGUUCGGUGAUGUUCGAGUCACCUGUUCUCGAGACAGACCGGGACUCUAAGGAUUGCGAACUACGCAGCAUCGCUCACAAGUGUCCAGUCGCCGGUAGCUUUAAGUUAAAGAUGAGCUCCGUUUCCGUGUUCGUGGUCUAG